GUAUAUAAUGAAACAACUUCAUAUUGCAGGGACUAAACAUAUAAUAUAAUUUCAGGUAUCAUGAAAUAAUUUUCCAACUAGAAAAGGAAAACCCUUCGUGUACUCUAUUCCAAUUUCCAAUUUCCAGUAGUACUUUCUCUCCACUCUCUCUCCAUUUUACGAAUUCCAAUCUGCUUCUCUCUUCAAACAAAACCUCCAUUACGAUUUACGAACAAGGAACUAGGAAGGCAGAGAGGGAGGGCAGAGGAGCGUGCUCGCCAGAGAAGAAAACAUAAAAGAAGAAACGCCCUCCGUUGUUUUCAUAAAUCAGUUUUCUUAGCAGCCAUAUAGAUCAAAAUCGGAAGGGAAAAACAAGUCUGUGGAUUUGAAGAGAGAGCGAAUAGUAAUACCUCGGGGAAAAAGAAGUGUAUGUAUGUAUCAACCUAGCUUGUCACAGUGGAAUCUACAAUCCACGGCGCACUCUUUCACUUUCGCCUAACGAUAGAUUCCCUUCAGAGAUCUAUCAAGGGACCGGAAUCCAGAUCAGGGAAUUGCAAUAUCAGGCGCGAAUGAAUGAUAACUAACUCAAUACCGAUAGAGGGAAAGACUAAGCAGCUCUGCUGAAUCAAACCUAGAGAAAUGAGGGCGAUUAUGAUGCGUGGAUGCAGAAAGAAGAGGGUUACUUCUUCUUUCUCCUCGAACGCCGGUGCCGGAGACGAUCCCCGGUCGUCGAGCAGAGGAGGGAGGACCGCCGGUCGUCGAGCAGAGGAGGGAGGGUCGUCGUCGUCGAGCAGGAUGGAGGGUCGAGUAGAAGAGAUUUCGCGUGGGCUGUGGGCAGCGGCAGCAAACGAAGCGAUGAUUUAGGGUUUUUCUUUUAGGCUUCGGCCGAUUUUUUUUUUCCUAAUGUAAAACGGCGCUGUGUCCUCCUUAACAGCUCACCCCCGGUUAGACCAAAACCGGGCGGUUUUUUGGGUUGAACCGGUUUUACCAGUAAAACCGACCGAAACGUUUCUUUCGCUACAAACCGUGUAUCGUAUCGGCCAGGCGCCGAUUUCCGGUUUUACCGGUUCAACCGGCCGGUACGAUCCGGUUUCCUUUACCAUGGUAUUAUGUUGAAGAUUAAUUUGAAUUAGUGAAAUUAAAUGGUGGAAUUUAAAAAAACAUCAUUUGAAUAAUUAUGGGAGAUAUAA